GUCUAGUACGCUUGGGCGGAAGUUGAAAGGUCAUAGAAAUGUGAAAACAGCAGACACGUGUGAACGUAAAAAACGUUUGAAAAGCAGCAACCAUGGCUGCCAUCUACUCUGGCAUCCAUCUAAAGCUAAAGAGCCCUCAAACUCCAUGGGAGGACAAGAUAAAGCUAGCACGUUUUGCCUGGAUCUCAUCUCAGUGCUUACUUCCCAACAAGGAACAAGUCUUGUUAGAUUGGUGCACAUAUGCUCUGACUGGCUGGUAUAAUAAAAAGGUUGAGUUCUCACAAACUGUGCUGGAGGAGCUGUGGAGUUGCCUUGACGCAUUUCUACAUAGUCAAAAGCUCCAUGUUUCUCUCAAGCAGGGCAAGACGAUCAGCUUGAGGCUCAACAUGGCACAGCUGUUGCUCAGCCUCCUGGAGGAGUGUGCUGGGACCCCCACCAGGUUGUCAGUGGGUGUGCCUACCCUGCUGAAAGUGUGUCAGGGAAUUCUCUCAUCUUCCACACUCUCAUCUGUCUUCACCACCAAGUAUGAACUCAUGGUCGGCCUGUCUGUUAAAGUUUGCUCCUUGGCCUGCCAUCAAGUGCAACAAGCUUUGCCCUCGGUAUCCCAUCCAUCUGAAUUUAUUACCGACACUGUAAGCGAGUGUAUUCAAACAAUCGACCCAGACUGUAAACCUGAAGUGCCUUUGAACCCUGAGUUAGAGGAGAGGCCAGAGGAAAACAGCAUUGCGGCUCAUUUGUUUGAAUUGUUGCUUCAGGUGUUAACAUCAUAUUUAUCUGUUCAGCGGCAACAAGCCAAUCCAAACAGAGUCUUCAGUUUGGUAACCAACCAGCUUAUCCAGCCAUUAUUGCUUCUCAGACACAUGUUGACAUCUGCUGAGUAUGCCUCUUCCCUCACACAUCUGAAUAUCCGCCAGCAACAUUGCAGAGAUGUUCGGGGCAGGAUCGACUCAAUCCUUCAGUUAUCGUUAUUUUCUGCUGAGCACCAGGCAUCUUAUAAGGAGGAGCUUCUACCUUCCAAAGAUGAUUCAGGGAAACGUGGGACAAAAGGCCCACUAAGGCCAGCCAGUGCUGUACUUUGCAAAUUAAGUUCUUGUGAGCCGCCACUGCUUUACUCAGUGAAGUCAAACACAGUGCCAUUGCUUUUUAAGUUCUUUCUGGAAAGCUACAGAAAAUGUAAGAGCGAAAACGAGGAAGAGCAGAGGAUGCUUUGUUUCAAAUUCCUCGAAAAGUUGGUGCCAGCGUUGGAUUUGUCCCUUCCCAGUGUUCCCUGUUCCCCAGAAAGUUGGAGUCUGGCUCUGCUGGCUAUGGAAUCAUUGCUUAGCCAGGCUCUAUCCGCUGAUAUUUAUAAUGUGGCAGCAGACAGGAUAAGACAUGCGGAAGUUCAGCUCAAUUUUUACAAAAGCAUCGCACAAAUCCUCUUCAAUCAAGCCCAGCCGAGCAUUCCUGCCUGGUAUCGCUGUUUGAAAGUGCUACUGGGUCUCAACCACAUGGUUUUUGAACCAGACUUGGAUGAGUUGUUAUCUUCAGCAUGGGUUAAUGCAGACUGUAUGGAAUCACGAGUCCAGCGGGCCAGACAGUUGAUGCUGAGCAGUCUCCUCCAGACAUACACCAAGCUCCGUCAGCUGCCUCAUUUCUUCUCUGAACUCCUUUCGGUGAUCUGUCAGCCAUCUCUUGACAAACUUCGACCCCCUCUUCUCUGUGAUUGUGUAUCAGCCUCGCUCAGGACUAGUGUUUUGGACACACCUCCCUCUCAGGGCCUAGAAAUUUGCUCUUUAGUGCUAGAGAACAUACAGAAAUAUAUUUCAAGUGACUUAGUGAAAGAAGACGGAAAGGCAAAUGGUGGAAAAAGAGAUGGCGAGCGCGAGGAUGCAUCAAUGAAGCUUUUUUCUCUCAGCCAACUCAUUCACGUGAUUUUCUUCAGUCUGAAGACUCUCGAGAAUGCAUCUCCUGCUCCUUUAGUCAGACAAGGUCAAAACCUGAUGGAGGAGAUGCAGAAAGUUCUCAACGAACUGCUGAAACUUCUGUCGACGGAAAACAAAGAUGUGAACGCAAAUGUGAUUCCAGAUCAGAGAGCAAGGAAGAAAAGAAAAAAGAAUGUGGACUUGGAACAGUCGCAUAAAGUAUCUAUGUCUCCAUGGAAGCAAAAAACCCAAGAAGCUGCACUUUUGCUCAGAUACACCUGGAUCGAAAUAGACACACUCUUUCACAUCUACUGUAGCAAAUACACACCUCUUGACUCUAAUUGUGCAGCUUCAACCAGCAUAGAGAAUCUUCUAAAUAGUGAGAUAAACUCCGUACGUCUACAGUUGUCCAGUCCAAUCAGCUUUGUGCAUAUAAAACUCCUCAUUUUGCAACAAAUGAAGAAAGUUCUGUUGGACUCAGCUUUUCAUGCAGAACCAAGUACCCUAGAGUCUUUAAACAAUGCUGUCAGGUUCAUUUCAGAUCGAGAUGAGCUUCUACAUUGUUCAGAAGGAGAUCAGAUUUGGGAUGGGCAUAUAAGCAAUGUGGACUCCAGCUCACACCGUGUGGCACACUGGUAUAUUGUCACAUCUAAUCUACCUUUGCUGAUCCGCUACAUGAACAUGGAAGAUGUGAACUGCAUCGCAAAUGUUUUGGUGGAUUCAGUGCUACGCGGGCAGUCCAACAGAAGCAAAGAUCAGCUAUCUGUCUCCCUCAUAUCGUCACAGUUUAUUACCAGCUCCAUUCUAGUUGAGUUGCCGUUACUGUUCUCUGCUACGGUUUAUUCACUUGCACAGAGGAUUUUUGGGGUUUUAACGUCCGCGCAUGCUCCUCAAGUUUGUCCGACUUUUGAAAAGUAUCAGGAAGACCAAAAGGGUGAGCUGGUAAAACAGACCAUGGUAGAGGAUAUAACUGUAUCCUCGCAAUCAGGGCGAGUCUUUGUGCUUUUGAGUGAGGGCAAAGUCAAAGAGCUGGUCAAUUUGCUCCAAAUCUUAUCAAGCCUUAACGUCGAUGGACUGAACUCUGAAGAUCUGUCUUCCAUUUUCCUCCUCCUUACCUUCAUGCUCACAUCCACUGCUUGUUUUUCUGGGGCUCCAGAUUCAGCAGAAUGUCAUGGAGGAUUCCAAGUGAAAUUGCUCAAGAUACUCUCUUGUCUUGUGGAGUGCAAAAACUUCCAAGGUGUUCUGAAGAUCAUUCAUGGCAGCACGCUGCUGCAGGUUGUCGUGUCCUCCCUUCUCUGGCACAGCAAGAAAGGACGAUUCAGUUCCAUCAGCAGCUCUGAUUGGCUGGAUGUGAUUAAAGCCAUGCAGGACUUCAUUGUAAAUUUGGUCCACUUGAUAGUGGUGAGGAACAGAAGCGUGAAUCUUAAUCUAGAACAGAUUGCAUCAUUUCUGACCAGUCAGGAAACGGCAUCAUAUAUUGGCACCCCCAUCAUGUCUGUUCAUCUUCUCCUAGCAACGUUGGCUUCCUCCUCUAAGGCGAUGACAUCUAACCUGGGAAGGAGUAAACCAAUGGAUCAAAUUUUGACCCAGACCCUUGAAAGAACCACAUCCUCUCUUGGAUCAGCUGUGGAGUCGGUCCUUAAAACCCAGGUUGUCAGUGAGUCUGGCGAGAAGUCCGCCUGCUCGCUCAGUCCUGCCUAUGUGGUGGACACCGUCACAAUCAUGCUGCAAUGUGAGCUGUCUUCUUUGGCAACAAGGUGCGAGGACAAAACCAACCUGAGCCACAGGACUUUCUAUCAGGGUUUCUGCCAGCAAAUCCUGAAAGAAAUGAACUCUAAAGCCCGGCCUGUGGACUUCCUGGUUUCCUCCUUGCAUUUCCUUUCAGCGUUUUACAUGGCAGUGACAAAGACUGAAAGAAAGAAGGAGGAAGGAGAGGAGAAGAAAGUAAAAGAGCUGGAUGAGUUGUACGCUCAGAUCAUUCAAAAUGUACACAAACUUUUAACAGCUCCGUGGCUGUGUCCAUUGGAUACAUGUGAGCUGGAGCCAGCAGUGCAAAAACUGCUGCGCCAUCUGCUGGAGAACAGUUCUCUUUGCCAGUUCAGUUUGAUGCUGACAGUGAUCAAGGAUGGGUUGGACACUUGCAAACUAAGGGCUGGAAACUACAAGGAAGUGCUGGCUGUGGUCAUCCUCGUCAAGCUGGUUUCCUGCUGUCAGUUACCUGAGCAGUGCUCCAGAUCUCUGUGGUUUCUUGCACCACAAAUUUUGUCUGCUAUGGUGUUUCUUGUAAGGUUGUCAAGCCAGGACGCGAGCUUGACUUUGACCUUCACCAUUCCUACCGUGACAGCGAUGACUACGCUGCUGCGCCAGGGCGAGGGUCUGAUCAGCAACCCUCAUCACGUAGUCCUGGUCCUCGGAGCACUUCAGGCUGUGCCGCUUGACCACCUGUCGGCACUUGUUUACCAGUCAGCGUUCUUGGCUAUUCAUGAGGCGCUUUUUGCCAUCAUCCAGUGUCAUCCUCAGGUGAUGCUGAAUGCCACGCCAUCAUUCUUGAAUGUUUUUUACCGUCUAGUGGCUUCUAUAAUGCAGGAAGGUCGGCAGAGAGGAGUCAGUGACACAGGGGGAGAAAGUGAAGUCUAUCUACAGUGCUCCCGUCUGGUAGAAAGGAUGUACUCGCACAUUGCCGCCAUUUCUGAGAAUUCUACCACACUGUCUGCCUUCAUGGUGGCGCAAUACGUCACAGAGCUGCAAAAGGUUACCCUGCGGCCAGACAUCAAGUUGCACCUGACAGAGGGUAUCUACCUGAUACUGGACCUGUGUAUGGAGCAGGAUAUCAAAUUCCUCACAGCGGGCCUGCAAACCGGAGUCCGUGAGGUGUUUAACGAGCUCUACAGUAGCUACAUCCACUACCACAAACCCCAGAGACAAGGAGAGGAAAAAUACACUGUUUGAAACAGUUUGAACAUAACACGCUCCAAUUUGUGUUGUCUUGGAGAUAUUGCAAUUCAACAAACUGACAUAGGGUUGGGCGAUAUGGCAAAAAGAUCAAAUCAGUUUUUUUAGAAAAUCAUGAUUUUAUCACGAUUCUUUUUUUUUUUUUUACACAUUUUUUUUAAGACUAAUUUGCACAUUACUGGCCAUUUUCCUCAUAAAACAUGUUUUGAAUGUAUGUCAAACCCUAAAAUAAAACACAUUUUUAGCCAAAUAAGCUUUCUGAACAGGUUAUAAUUUUCAUGGAGCAAUUUUUAUCAAAAUGUGCAGUAAACGUAAAAGGCAAUGAACAACAUCACAUGACACCUUUUUUAAACGUAAAAACUAAACACACCAAAGAGACAUGAGACGAUUUAAUGAUCUUUCAGCUUUAUGAGCUCGCCAACAUGUUAGUCUUUAAAGUGUGUAUGACACCAUAAAGCAUGUUUAUUUUAUAUUUCACGCGGUGUUCUAAAUGAAAUGGACCGCUUGGUUGUGCGUGGAAGCGAUCGUCCGAUCGUUUUACAUAUUCAAUUUUUGCAGGAUAUCAAAUUCCUCACAGCGGGCCUGCAAACCGGAGUCCGUGAGGUGUUUAACAAGCUCUACAGUAGCUACAUCCACUACCAACAAACCCCAGAGACAAGGAGAGGAAAAAUACACUGUUUGAAACAGUUGCACGUUACUGGCCAUUUUCCUCAUAAAACAUGUUUUGAAUGUAUGUCAAACCCUAAAAGAAAAACACAUUUUUAGCCAAAUAAGCUUUCUGAACAGGUUAUAAUUUACAUGGAGCAAUUUUUAUCAAAAUGUGCAGUGAACGUAAACAUAAAAGGCAAUGAACAACAACACAUGACACCUUUUUUAAACAUAAAAACUAAACACACCAAAGAGACAUGAGACGAUUUAAUGAUCUUUCAGCUUUAUGAGCUCACCAACAUGUUAGUCUUUAAAGUGCGUAUGACACCAUAAAGCAUGUUUAUUUUAUAUUUCACGCGGUGUUCUAAAUGAAAUGGACCCUUUGGUUGUGCGUGGAAGCGAUCGUCCGAUCGUUUUACAUAUUCAAUUUCUGAAUCCCGUGCCAUGAAAAUGAGGAACGUCCGGCUCCAGUCUCGGGUUUAGCAGGAAUGCGAAUGUGAUGUCACCCGAGUCAGCAUCUCACAAUACAGCAUUGCUUUAUAGCCUUCAGAUGGACUACGGAUUCAGCUGAUUUUGCAGAUUAAUUUGUUUGUUUUUCGCAUCACGCCAUCCAAAUGUGCUGCAGAAAAUUGUUGCUGCACCAGGGAGAGGCGUGUGAGCCUUUUGAGUUUCAAAAGGUUCCCAUUCAUCGCGGGUAUUGGCCAAAACAAACCCUACUACUGUGGGACCACUGGACUUAAGGGGAAGUGGGUAAACAUCGUAUUUUGUAUUAUGUCAAAUACUGGGGUCAUUGCACACGUUUUAAUACGGAGGUGGCUUGCAUUUUGUGGCUGAUUGUCCACCGAGAAUGCCACUCGGCCGACGCCCGGCGGCUUGUCGCACCCCCCCUCGGUCCUUCAUGUAUUGCCCUUUUCGUGUGCCCGGUGUUGUGUCAAAUUUUCAGCCCCAUCAGAAAUUGUGACUUUGUGUUAAAAAUGGCCACAAAUACAGCAAUUACAAAUUAAACAGUACAAACUUUCUUUAAAUAAAGGACUACUUACGUUUGAUCAUGGACGGACAUGUAAAGAAAUUCUCCUCAGACAGAUCCUGCCAUGUUAACUGCACAUUAACCGCAUGCCGCUCUCUCACUGUUUACAUCUUCGCCCUGUAGUAAAGCAUUAUUUUACGCCAUAUUCGCGUUGACCAUGUGGCAGCUACGCGCUCCUCGGACGUCGGCCGAUUUGUCCAGCUGCUUCCCCGGCAAACUAGCUCUCCUGCCCGCAGCAGGGGAACGAGUCCGACGAGCUUGUAACUUGCUUGCCGCUGGGAGGUUGCCAAUCGGCGAAGACAAUCGACAACCCCGCCGCCGUGUGACAUGAUCCUGGGUAGUUUUGUGAUUUUUUUUCCUUUCGAAAGCCGAGAAAAAGACUUUGAAUCAUCACUCGGUUUGGACUGGUAUGUCGGAUAGCUGUCACACCUCCUGGUUUGUUUACGGUCUCAGAAGCCGGGGCAGGGAAAUGACAAAAACCUGACUAACUCCGGUGCCAUAAAAUAUAGUUUGGGAGGUGCAAGAAGUGGACAGUUUUUUGACCAUUACAGAGUAAUUUUGGAUGUCGUACUGAAUAAAUGAAUUUUUAAUAUUUCAUAUUCCGUUUAACACAAGACUGUUAUUUGUCAUGACCAUACCAUUUAUUUAGCAAUUGGGGAAAAAUACUUCAAUAAAAAGAAUAUCCUGUAAAAAUAUUGGCUUAGAGAGACUGAAACAAUGACAUUUUGCGGCUCUCUUCUUUGCAUUUUCCUCAUUCUGAAUAAUUCCCCCCUCAAUGGGCUAAAUCAGAUGAAACCAUGACCCUGCCGACGUCAUCCUCCUGUUGGGGAUGUUAAGAGCCCUAUAAUGGUAGGCGUGGCAAAACGGCAGAUUAAAAGACUAAUUCCUCGUCAUCUGUGCUUUGCCAAAUUGUUCUAUAUACCGGUAGUCGAAUUGUCUCAAAAUAUGAUUCUAAUUGACAUAAUAAUGCUAUUUAAAACUUUUUUCAUUCUGUCGUAGGCACUUUAAUGAGCCACUAUUGCCAUAUCGCCCACCGCUAUUUCCGCAUUUUUAAAAAUUCAAACAAAUCAUGUACAGAGACAAAUUAUUUUUUUCAUUUUUGCUUAUUAAAAAAAUGUUCUUUUCUCUGAGUGUAGAAUAAUUUACAGAAAAUACAUUUCCUCAAUUGCAUUAUUCGGUGGGAAAAAAUGCUUUGACUAGGCUAUCUUAAGCAGAAGCAAAAAUUGCUCAUUUGCUAAUGGAGUUGUCGCAGUGCUGCUGCUGAAAUGAAUCAAUGUGAUGAGUGCAAUCUUAGUCAACUUGAUGGAUCGUGUCAGAACCAUAUUGCCUUUUUUUAACAGCUCUCGUUCAAAGAUGCAUUGAUUAAAGCUGAAGAUGGGGUAUUUUGUGCUGUUGUAGCACAAUAACCGUAAGCACCGACUCUCAUGCUGCCAAGAUCAUCAGUUUUGGGGAUUUUCCUGCACAAUUCUGAAAAUGAAAUUGCAGAUGCAGAAUAUUUAGUGAAUAGCUAAUAUUUAUUCUACAUACAUGCUAAACCCGUCAAACAAUUCCGAAGAAAUUUUCUUCAUGGCUGAUUUGACCUAUUAAAAACUGAUUUGCGUAAAUGAGAGUAGCAUGUGUUUGUACUGAGGAGAAAGAUAGUUAUAAACUGAUUACAGAGUUGCUAUCUGCAGUUAAGAUUUCAGAAAUGCAAACAAAAGUAUAGUGGUAAACUAGCAGAGGGUCUUAUCUUUGAGUUGGGUAACAGCAGCCCUGCCACCAUAUCAACUUCAUGAAGCAUGGUGGUUGUACGAUGCUUUGUCUAGGACUUUAGUCAAGAUUUAGUCAAAAAUCUAUGUACAAAUUGAAAAUAUUCCGAAAAAUGUGGUGUGAAUGUUGAUACAAAUUCUGGAAAUGAGGAUGCAAUUGCGGGUAUGCGUCGUGAUCAGCUAAGCAAAGAUAGCGGAUUUUUGCCAAUCAUGAACAUCGCUACAAACUGGAUUUUCAGGUUCCGACAUGCCUAAAUGGGAAAAUACUGACUCUUGUUACAAAAGCAAUUUCAGGACACGAAUGUAAAAUACUGUAUGAGCUGUUACUCGAGUUUACUGAACAUAACAUACUUAUAGCUGCUCUGCUAUUGGCUAUUGCUAGGCAUGUGCCGGUAUGAGAUUUUGACAGUAUGAUAACCUCAAGCAAAAAUACCGAGGUUUCACUGUAUCACGGUAUUGCAAGUAUUGCCCUAAAAUGUGUUAUUUUGAGAUGGGUUAAAAAAUAAAAAUUCCAUUGAGCCGGAUUUAAAAAAAAAAAUCACCACCUAUAUACAAAUUGGAACAUCAUCAUGAAUAUAAUGUUAAAAUGAAUAAACAAAAUAACAACAACAACAAAAAAAACUGAUAUAUUCUAAAUAAAAUAGAAAUAAUUGGAACUUUUACAGGCUAAACUCACAGCCACAGCUCAAGUUGCUAAACAUUAGAACAAAAAUAAUUAUUUUCCAUCAACAAGUAAAAGGCACUUCACUGGCUCCUUCUCAACAUUUUUCGAGACUUGCUCAUUUCUACAUAUUUCUCUCUCAGUCCAGGUUAUGAUGCAGGAAUGUGAGUAUGUUCACCUUUUCUGGGUUAGUAUACCACUAGCACUGUUAAUAUUAAUGUAUUUUUCGGACUAUAAGUCGCACCUGAGUAUAAGUCGCACCAGCCAUAAAAUGGCCGACAAAGAGGAAGAAAACAUAUAUAAGUCGCACUGGAGUAUGAAUCGCAUUUUUGGGGGAAAUUUACUUGAUAAAAUCCAACACAUAGAACAGAUAUGUCAUCUUAAAAGCCAAUUCAAAAUAAAAAUACAAUAGAGAACAACAUGCUAAAUAAGUGUACAGUAUGGUAUUGUUACAUGAUGCAUGAACAACGAAAUAAGAACGUGGCCGGUAUGUUAACGUAACAUAGCUAUUAAGAGUUAUUCAGAUAACUACAGCAUAAUGAACAUGCUAACCAGUUUACCAAACCUUCAGUGUCACUCCAAAACACCAAAAUAACACAUGAAAUGAUAUGUGCUAAUAAUUUCACACAUAAGUCGCUCCAGAGCUUAAGUUGCACCCCCAGCCAAACUAUGAAAAAAACCCGACUUACAGUUCGAAAAAUACGGUAGUUGAAUAUUAAUCGAGAGUGAGAGCAAGAGAUGGAGGGCAUGUGUAUGACUCGUAUCAUUAUUUACACAGUAUACACACACACGCACCCUCUCUCAACACAGAAAGUCACCACGGGCUGUAUUAUGAAAAUGUUAUUUUGAACAGAUGUUUUCAAUGGCGGAAAACUUUACAAAAGUACACUAAUAGGUUUGACAGCAACAGCACUGUCACUGACAGAGCAAGAACCGGAGAGGUAGGGUUGAGCGCUGCCCCUCCAAGUCAUUUCUCGCUGCAUUUUUGGGACAUGAAAAAUAGCUAUUACCAUACUACGGUAUGACGGAAAAGUUUAGUGGUUUUGAAACUGACGUUUUCAUACCACAGUAAACCUUGAAACCGGUAACCGGCACAUGCCUAGGUAUUGCCUCGCAUCUUCCUGGCAUCCAAUUGGUUAAAGUGAUCCUCUGAUUUAAAUACAUGUAGGCUCUAAUAAACCACAAUUGUUCUCUUGUACUGAAAUAUGUUGUUAGAAACACAUAAAAUGUUAAAUCAAUGGCAAUAUUUUAUAAUAUUUAGUACAUAUUUUGACCGUUAGUUGGCGCCAUGGUUUGCGGGCUCGCAGUGAUGACGUCAUUGGUAUCUUUCCGAAUGUGUAGCGUGUUCAACAAUUGCUUAUUGCUGCCUAAACUCGCGAAGUAAAAUGCCACGAUGUACUGCCUUUGGAUGCAAUUUCCAGUCAAAUGGAAAAAAGGGGAGUGAAGUGAGUGGUCAAGGUGGAAUUAUUAUUUUUAGUGAAUAAAUGUGCAUAAGUGGAAGCUUCUCCCCCUUUUUGGUCCCUGUAUGCAUGUAUCCUACCCACCACGCGUUACAACUGGCACCCGAACAUUUUUCCUGGAUCCUCAGUCAAGUAAGGGUCCCAUCGCGUCUGCAAUAAUGGUUUUGGAUCUGUCCAUUUAUUUUUAUUUGUCGGUCCCACAGCGGCUUUUCGGAUCAGUCUAUUUUGUGGAAUCGACGGCCUAAUCGCGGCUGCGAUAUUACCAUGAAAUCGGUCUAAUUCCUGGAUCUUCGAGUGAGUAAAAAACGCGGAUUUGGAUUAGUAUUGCUAUCUUUUUUGUUGACUAUUCUUCGUGGGAGUUUUCCCCAAAUCAUACUAAAUAAUUAAAGCACUAUGACACGCUACAGUGACGACAGUGACUCUGACGUGGACCUUACAACAAUGUUGGGAGUUCGUCAGGGAAUGCAUGUUUGCGUACUGCUGAGCUCCCGAGUGAAGAGUGGUCAAGGUGGAAAUAUUAUUUUUUGUGAAUAAAUGUGCCUAAGUGGAAGCUUCUCCCCUUUCUGUUACUUUUAUACACGUAUCCUAGCUACCACGCGUUACAAUGUACAAGACCUGGAUUACACAAGGUGUGCUCUUUGGCCUGUACUGUAUGUAAAGCACACGACAGCUCUGGAUGCUAACAAUCUACAUAAUUAUAUUGGGAAAAAGUUUGAAAAUGCAAUAUGCUUACCUUGAAUAUCUGCUAAUAAAACCGGGGUUCCGGAAUCCUAACAGCAUGCACUCUCGCUCCCAACCGGAGUUACCAACAGGACUCUCUCGCGUCACCAGUUUUGCCCAACUUUUGUCUUAUCAGGUAUUUGCUGCACGCAUUUUCCCCUGAAACUCGUCUUGUGAACAACCGACAGUGCUGUCCUGCUCUUCACUUUUCAGAUCUGGUUCAAAUAGGAAGGGUAGAACUGACGACAUGUUGGGAAAGCUAACGAGUGACAAACUGGAAUUUCGGCAUUCGGGGCCAGUGACGUCAUGCACUGCGACGUAACAAGAAUGGCGACCUAUCACCUAAAAUAAUUUUACAAACUUUAUUAAACAUUAAGAGGGGUUUUAAUAUCAAAUUAUUAUAACUAAUACCAACAUUUAUGUUUUAAGAAUUACUUGUCUUAAAAAUAGAGGAUCCCUUUAAGAAGGAUUUCUAUUGUAUGUGUAUGUGUGUAUCCCAGCGUCCUCAUCAUUAAUUCCUCGGGCUAUGAGGAGGUCUGACAGCUUUACGUGAGUGUAUUAACUUAUGCUCUUUGUUUUACA